AAGUUAACGACGAGUCAGAAGCGACAACUUGACAAGGCGUUAAAAAGCAUCCUGACAGUUAGCGACCAGGGAUCAGGAAGUAAAUUCAGAUCAGCAAACUGAAUCAAUAGCCCCGCGUGAACAAGCCAGCAGAGUUCAUGUGCGACAUAUACAGCUUGGACCCUCACGGCGUGUCUCCACCAUGCAACAUGAGUUGGGCGAUGGAGCCUGCUAACUUCUACGAGAGCGCCAAGCUCGGGGGUCCGCCGGCGGGGCCGUGCAAGCCGGCCGUCCGAGCAGAGGAGGGGGCCACCAUGGUGGAACUCACGGCUCCGGCCAUGUACGACGACGAGAGCGCCAUCGAUUUCAGCCAGUACAUCGAGUCCAUGACAUCCGUGCCCAACCUAGAGCUGUGCAACGAUGAGCUCUUCCUCGACCUCUUCAACACGGUCAAGCAGGAGAAGGCGGAGAUGUACGUUGCGCAGGGCGCAGUGCAGCCCGGGUGCGCGACCCCAUAUGCCAUGGAGCGGAGGUCGGACCCAGUCAUACUGGACAACAAGGGUCCAUUCGGGGCGCCCAUCAAGCAGGAAUCCGACUGGAGUGACAGCGACGUGUCAUCGUCGCUGCCGUGCCAAAUUGAAACCUGCGCCCAGACCUCCGUCAGCCUCCCCACGGGGCAACCCACACCGCCCACCACACCGGAACCUGUUUCGGCGAAGGGCUCGCCGCGCAAGUCCGGUCGGGAGAAGUCGAAGAAGACUGUGGACAGGUUCAGCAUGGAAUACCGACAGCGGCGGGAGAGGAAUAACAUCGCCGUUCGGAAAAGCAGGGACAAAGCCAAGAUGCGCAACUUGGAGAUGCAGCAAAAACUGAUCGAGUUAAGCUCAGAGAACGAUAGACUGCACAAAACAAUAGAGCAGCUGACCAGGGAGCUCGGGGGCCUACGCGAGUUCUUCAAGCAGAUGCCCGGUGCCUCCUAUGCGGGGAGCGUUAGCGCUGAGUGUCGGUGACCAGGGGGAUGCAUCAGUGCGUCGCCCCCGGAGCGCUCCCUUUCCGAACAAACAUUUUGAAGACAUACCUCAGAGACAUUUUGUUCUUUACCAUCUGUACCAGAUGUAUUUUAAGCUUACCAUAAUGGCACUGGAAAAUAUAUGUGUUGCUGCCAUAUUUUUGUGGGAUUUAUUGUUCUCUCCUUGUAUUAUUAAAUUAUUUUACCCCUUCAUUUACAUGAUGUUAUAAAUACCUGCCAUGGUACCCGUUUUAUAAUUCCACAGUUUGUAUAAGAGCCAGAGCAUGAUCUUUUUCUAAAGUUUGUAUGAAAAAUUCUAUGGAUUCUAUAAUAAAAAAACAGCUGUAAAAUGUGCACACUGGU